GCGUCACUGGCGUCAGUGAUAGCUCAGGUCGGAAAGGACACCGCCGCAGCGCUGUUAGCUGAGAAACAUGAUGUCUAUUGCUGCCCGUUCGGGGACAUUUUCCCCGUACCUGCAAGCAACCAACUAUGCUGUUGCAGGUCCACUAAAAGCUUUAAUACCGGGCGUAGUCGUGAAGAGCGAUAAAAUGUUGAUGGAUGUCAAGAAACCGUUCCUCUGCCGAGAGUCUUUGGGCGGCCAGAGCGCUAAGACCGGCCUCUCUGUGUCCUCCAGCAUCAACGCUCGCGCUGGGGUGCGUUUUGCCCACACAGACAUCAAGAUCCCCGAUUUCUCUGACUACCGCCGACCUGAAGUUUUGGACCCAAAGAAGUCAUCGCAAGACAGUGGUGAAGCCCGCAAGACCUUCUCUUAUCUGAUCACAGGUUCCACAGCUGUGGUUGGAGUCUACACAGCUAAGACAGUGGUCUCGCAGUUUGUCUCCUCCAUGAGCGCCUCAGCCGAUGUGUUGGCUCUGUCGAAGAUUGAAAUCAAGCUAUCAGACAUCCCCGAGGGUAAGAAUAUGACCUUCAAAUGGAGAGGGAAACCCCUGUUUGUCCGGCACAGGACGGAAAAGGAGAUUGCAGCUGAGGCUGGUGUUGAUCUGUCUGAGCUUCGGGACCCCCAGCAUGACAAAGACCGCGUUUUGAACCCAUCCUGGGUUAUUGUCAUCGGUGUGUGCACCCACCUGGGAUGCGUGCCCAUCGCUAAUGCUGGUGACUAUGGUGGCUAUUACUGUCCAUGCCACGGCUCUCAUUACGAUGCAUCCGGUCGCAUUAGAAAAGGCCCUGCUCCACUCAACCUGGAGGUCCCCUACUACGAGUUCCCAGAUGAUGACAUGGUGGUUGUUGGAUAAAGGAAAGAACUAUACUCUGCUAAUACCUAUGAUCACCAAUCAGUCUGUUCUUUCCUUGUUUGAUUUGUCCAUCUUACAUCAGACACAAAUGAUCUACUUUGACUUGGUGGUUAAUUGUAAGUAAUAAAUGUGUAUUUUAUCUGAUAGAAGGCCUCAAAGUUAUUUAUUCAGUCUCGAUAUGCAUGUUUUUGUCUGCUUUGCAAAUUGUUUUAACUUUGCAAGACAGGUAAGGAACAGAUACGAUCUGAAAGCACAGUUUGGAGGUAACAUUUUUGCACAGCAGAAAGUUAAGUGAAUGUUAAGUGAUCAUUUCAGCAGGGUGUUUUUCUUGCUGUAGUUGUAAAAGUUAAUUUAGCAGUGAGAUGUGCAAGGUAAAAUAUUGUUUUGAAUUUGAUUUGAAAUUUCAUUUUUGUUGCAGGUAGUGGCAUGAUUCAUCAUCAUGAUUAUGAUUAUUUCAGUGGAGAAGCGUACAAUGAAUAUUUUAAAAGUUCAUAAUAGGCUCUUUAAAUGCGUCAUACAUACAACAUAUGAUGUUCUUACAUAGGGUUGGGAAUCGAAAAUCAAUUCCAAUUUGGAAUCGGAAUGGAAAGGCUAGGAAUCGGAUCGGAAUCGAAAGGAAUAGGAAUCGGAUACUUGAGAUUAAAAUUUGAAUUCCUCUUAUCAAUUCCUGUGUGCAUAUUUUCAGAAAAGUACAUGCGUUGCAUGAUCUGCUGAUAUCUCAAUAAAAGCCCUUAUGAAAAUUAUCUAUAUUUUUUACUAUAGUAAGCAUAGUUUUGCUAUAGAAUUUGCAUUAAAGCACAGGAAUCACAAAUUAACCAUAGUUGCAUUAUAGUAACUGCAGUUUAACCAUGAUGUAGUUCAACUAUGAUAAUACAAAUUGUAAAAAAUCAGAAAAGGUGUGUUUCUAUGUGUAAAUAUACACAAAACGGUGCUCAUAAAUACAUAAAUAUAUUUUGCAAACAAGUCAAUAAGCAGGCUAAAUGACCAUACAGGUUGAUAUCUAAAUGUUUUACUUCAACUGUGGAAUCGAAACUGGGAAUCGAUAAGAAUCGAAAUCGAUAAAAUUGAAAUGAUUCCCAACCCUAUUCUUACACAUGUCAACUCAGUAAAACAUUUACAUUAUAUGCUGUCAUUGACCAUUUUAAUGCAAGACCCAAACAUGAUUUUUUACCAAGAUGGCAAAAAUUGUUUCAGUUGCAGUUUCAUAUAGUGUGUGCAUUAAUAAGAAAUUUACUUGUAGUUCAAACUAACCACGAAUAGGAAAGAGAAGAUGUGCUUCUGCAGUUUUGACAUGAGUAGAAGUGGUUAAGGUAAUAUAAAAGCUAGCCAACAUGUCUGGCAUUCCUACACUUCAUUGAGUAAUAAUGAAAAGUAGUACUUCAUGUCCCUUGACAGGGCUGUGGGGGGGAAAUAUAAGCUCAAGUGCUCUUAAGUCUUUAUUCAAGAUUCUCUGAGUUGCACACAUCAGAAAGAAUAAAUUGAUGCUGUGGUCAUUUGCUGGUGCCUGAACAGUUACACAAACUAAAAUAUCCUGUUUUGCAACUGCGUGUCAUAUUAAAUGAAAAUCAUUACAGCAAUUUGUAGUUUAUAGUUUUAUUUAUUCUGCAAAUUAUAGGAAAGCAAUAAUUUGUAGUUUAUUUGCAGCCUACAGUCUUUACAUUACAUUUACGCAUUUGGCAGAUGCUUUUAUCCAAAGCGACUUACUUUGCAUUAUACUACACAUUUGUUUCUAAUUAUGUGGCAUUGAACCCAUGACCUUGGCAUUGCUAGUGCCAUUCUUUAACCACUUGGCUACAUUUUAGUGGAACUAACUAAAUAUUAUUUUACAUCUCAUUGACAUUUAACCAAAAUGUUAAACAUAUGUUAUGAAAUCUUUAAGCAUUUCAUUUUUUUAGUAGAAGCACAGCAACCUUUAACAACGCUGAUUUUCUCUUAAUGUCAAGGAGCCUUUGACAUGAGCAAUGUCACCCCUAUGUUGGCGCAAGCUGACCAACAUGUCUGGCAUUGCUAGGCUUAUUUUGGGAAUACCAGUGUAUUAUAUUUUGUUUGUUUAAUAAGAAUCACACAACGGUAGUUUGUUUUAUUGAAAUCCUACAUUCCUGGUGUGAUGGUUCUGACAAUUUUACGUGAAGUUAUGUAGUCACGUAUUUCAUUUGUCUCAAGAACAGGUUGAAAAAGUCAGCAUGUUCCCAAGCCAGGCUGCAUAGCCCACAGCUUUAGAAAACAGUCAGGGCAAAACGUAUUAAUUCACAUGACUUUUGGAGCAUUCUGUACAAUCAGACACAUGCCAGAUUCCGAGAUGAUAUUAUUGCUGUACUAAAAUUACUUCUAUUAUUACCCAUUCAUUUUAAAAUGCUGUCCUUUUUCUCUGAAUGUGUCUGGGUUGCUGUCCUGGACAGGGAGCAUUCAUUGAUUUGGCUCUGGGUGUUUUAAUACAUUUAAUGCACUGGAUUCUCAUCCCCGCUCCCUCCCUCUGGUGCCCAUGGGCUUGAGCAUGCACCGAUUGUGACAUGCAACCUGCUCAGUUCUGCAGCCCUAAGCUCUGUGCCAGACCGGCCUGCCUGCCAGCAGCUUGGGCGGAUAAACAGGCCUGAGUGAUAGAGUGAUGAUAUCAGAGGGAAUGUCAGGAUACCAUUAUGUAUCAUUUAGACAUCACGUGGAGAUCCCUGGCCUCAACACAUUCAGGUCUACCAGCAGUUUUUUUCUCUGGGUAAGAAUUUUUCACAUUCAGCCAUGGAAGGUCUAUAAUUAAUUCUGUAUGAACUGUAUAAACCGCAAACUAGUUUCCAAUAAGUUUAUGUCUGUUUCUUUGCAAAAAUAUUAAUUAAUCUAAAGGGCUAGAUUGUUGUCCCCACAAAUAAUACACUAUGAAGUUGCAGAACAAAGACAUAAUGUCAUUCAUAUACUGUAAUGUUGUUAUGUUGAUGUUUUUUUUCUCUUUGAAUAGAUGACUUCAUAAUCUAUAGAGAGAGAGAGAGAAUGUUGCUGGAGCUGUUAUCUUAGAAGAGAGAUUGACACUGUGAGGGUGGAAUAAGACAAACCAAGACAUUUAGUUGAACAUUUUUCUCUGAUUUGCUUUCCUUUUAUCUUAUGUGUCACAUUAAUGCGUCCAUUUGUCUCUAGGGUGAUCAGAUUGUGAUGAAAGAUUUAUUUGUCUCCCCAUAAUUAAUUUGAACUUGUUUUGCAUAAAUUAAAGCCACACUAUUGAACUUUUGCUCACGGCUCUCCCGUGUGGUUGCUAAGCGCAAUUGCCUGUUACUAUUGUCGUAAAUAAUGUCGCUUGAUAAAGCUUCCCCGUGGGCAAUGCAAUACACGUGAAUUUGUUGACUAAACUGAUGAAACCGGCGAAUGCAGAAACAUCGUUUGGAAACUACUUCACACUCUUCUGCAGUCAGGGGAUAGGCGGGGCUGUGUGUACUGACCCGAACACUGAACUUACAGUGUGGUUGUAGCCGCUAUGAGGCUGCUCAGAUAGCAGCGUGAGUAGAAUUCGUCCAGUUAAGAGUUGUUCUACCACUGAAAUCAUUUUAGAGUCGAAAAUGUUUUUGUAGUCGAAAAAACUACAAAGUGUUGCAUUAAAGGUCCAGUGUGAAAUUUUUGUUAUGAUCAGUUACAUCUUAAUGACAGAAAUUGCUUUUUCAGUGACCCAAAAGGCUUUCCUGUAGCUCAGUGGUUAGAGCAUGCCGCUAGCAACACCAAGGUCAUGGGUUUGAUCCCAGGGAUUGCACAUGCUUAAAAAACAAAUGUAUAGUAUAAUGCAAUGUAAGUCGCUUUGGAUAAUAGCGUAUGCCAAAUGCGUAAAUGUAUUGUGAUCACAUGUGUGCACAUGUGUUAUUUUAAAAUUAUUUCAGAAUUAUGGUUUAAUUCAUUUGCAUGUAUGUGACCCUGGACCACAAAACCAGUCAUAAGUAGCACAGGAGUUUUUUUGCAAUAGCCAAAAAACAUUGUAUGGGUCAAAGUUAUUGUUUUCUCUUUUAUGCCAAAAAUCCAGGGGCGUCACUAGACCCCUUUUACUGGGGUACGUGCCCCAGUAUAAAUCUGCUGUGCAAUUUUACAGACUUGACAAAGGAUUUCCUGAGACAUUUUCCUCUAAUGUAUGAAACCUGACUGGCUGGGGAUGUAGGCUACAGUAGUUUGUUUAUCAAGUCUUACCUCCCUCAAACUCAUCAGCUCCUUACUGCUUCCAUUUCCCUGCUUUGCACAAAAAAAUUCUGAUGUCCAUCUACAGGGGCCAUUAUUGUUCCGAGUCAUUUGUGUUCUGCACUUUCAGAAAUGAAAUUAAUAUUUAAUUUACUAGCUCUAGUUUAGGACAUUAAAUAAAAAGUUGGCAGUAACUAUGGCUGAGAUAACUAUGUGCUAUUAUAGGCAGUACAGUUUAAUGCAGUACAGUUGGUUCAUACCAACUUUGUUUGGACUUGGCUGUAAAACCAGAAAAUAUAUAUAUAUAUAUAUUUUUAGAUAAAAUAUGCUCUUCAUAUUAAUUGGAGCCAUGAAAUGACUGGUUUCUUGAAAUACUGUAAUUGUACAUUCUUGAAAAGAUGUAAUUAUUGAUUGUUAACAUUGUGAAUGAAAUACUGCAGUACACUUUUUGGCAUUUACACUGUAGUAAAUUGUAAGGUGCUUUUAUAUUAUAUAACUAUAUA